GGUAGGGGUGGGCUUGGGAGACCUGUUGUGGAGCCACCUGUGACACGCAGGAGCUCCACUGCUCCCUCUUCUGCCAACGAGGCCAAGGAAGGGAAGACCCAGGGACCUGUCUUGCCAGCACUGCUUGUCGUGACCAAAGACAGCCAUGAGCAGGGAGUUUCUGUUACCAUAUUACACGGCCCAGAGCGGCUCGGGAGUGGGCAUGUUCAACACUGCCAUGGGGAAACUGCAGCGGCAACUGCACAAGGGAGAAUACGACAUAUUCAAGUACGCACCGAUAUUUGAGAGCGACUUUAUCCAGAUCACCAAAAGGGGAGAAGUGAUCGAUGUGCACAACCGUGUCUGCAUGGUGACCGUGGGCAUUGCAUCCACCAGCCCCAUCCUCCCGCUCCCAGAUGUCAUGCUGCUGGCCCGACCAGCCGCCGGCUGUGAAGAGCAUGCUGGGCGGGGCCAGGCCACCAAGGGGAAAGGCCGCAAGGCUGCCAAGACCUUAGAGCUCACCAGGCUCCUUCCCUUGAAGUUCAUGAGGAUCUCCAUUCACAACCGCGAGAAACAACAGCUGCGCCUUAAGUUCGCUACGGGCCGCUCCUGCUACCUGCAGUUGUGUCCCCCUCUGGAUGGGCGGGAAGACCUCUUUGCCCAUUGGGAAAAGCUGAUUUACCUCCUGCGGCCACCAGUGGACAGUAACAGCAGCACCUGUGCCAUUCCAGCAGGAGACAUGAUCUGCAUGCCGGUGUUUGAGGAGGAGGACAGGAGGAGCCCAGCAGCGUCGGAUUUCCAAGGAAAAGGGGAUCAAGACCAGGUGAGCAUCAGGAGCCUCCACGUGGGUUCCGAGGUGGCCGCGGCCACCUCUGCAGCUUUUGCUGGAGGGGAGGGGAUCCAACUGGACUCCCUUAAACUCACUACCAUUUCCUAUGCAACCACCACAAACACAAAACCUACAGAGCUUGGCAAAGAGUCAGCAGCGAGAUCAAUGACAGAGGUGGCAGCGGCAAGCACUGCAGCAGGCACUUUGAGCAUGGCAGGGUCCACAUCUCCUGCCCCAGAACAGCUGGGCAUGGCCACAGCAGCCACAGCCACCAAGAAUCCAGGAGGAAGCAAAACCAAGCUAGCCACUGCAGGCACUGACAACAUAUCCCUGAGGAGCAUGAGAUGGGGCGUGGCAGGUGCCGUGAACAAUUCGGGGUAUAAUUCCAGCACAUCCACCAGCCUCUCCCCUGAGGCCAGCAUGACUGUGGCAGGAGCAAAACCCAGCAAGACCAUCAGAGGAACAGCCCACAGCGAAGACCAGGGGCCCCUCAUCUCCACCUUACCACAGGAAGGCCAAGUGAGCGAACAGGAUGGGAGGCCACAGCAAGUGUCCCAGGCCCACAAGGGAAGAAGGGAGAGAAGGGAGCGACGGGAAAAGGAGAGAGCUCUCAGGAGCUUCCAGCACCGCAGGUCAGGGGAAAGCCGCCAUAGGGCAUCGGGGGACAAGGUAAUCCGAAAAGCAGCCAGCCAGUCCUCAGCCCGCCGUAGAGCCUCAAGAGACAACAAAAAGGAGAAAGGCCGUGGCAGCCCGGAGGACAGCAAGCGGGGUACAGCGCACAAGGGCAUCAGCCACGCUCCCAUUGCCAAGGAGUCCAGGACCUCACACAAAUCAAGUAGGAGCUUAUCCACAGGGAGUUCAGGUUCUGACACCAAGAGACUCAGCAGGAUCAGCACUUUCUUGAGGAGCGUCAGAGCCAAUCUUACUACAAAAGCAGUGAUUCCACCGCAAGAUGAAGAUGAGGACAUCCUGGCUAAGGCAGUGGGAAGGACCAGCAUGGAAGUGAUCGUGGAGACAGCAGAGAGUGGCCAGGAGCUGGAGAUCAUCGAUGCUGUGGAGGCUGAGACCAUGGAGACAGUGACCUUUGAAGCCCAUUAACAGGACCCAGAGCUGGAAGCUGCAAAGGGGACCAGGACUCAGGGAAGUAUCCCUGGAAAGCCUAA